AUGCAAUUCCACCUCAACGGCUUCAAGGGCUCCGGCGAUCCCCUCAAACUGCAAUUCGACGGAGCCACCGAGCCCGACUUCCAAACCUCGCUGCCGGAAGAAGUAGACGUGCUAAUCGUAGGCGCCGGCCCCGCAGGCCAACUCCUCGGAGCACAGCUCGCCCAAUUCCCCGACCUCACCACCCGCAUCAUCGAGGCCAAGCCGGGGCGCCUGCAGAAUGGACAAGCGGAUGGCCUGCAAUGCCGCUCCAUCGAGAUCUUCGAGGCUUUUGGCUUUGCGGAGCGGGUGGUGAAAGAGGCGUAUUGGGUGAAUGAGACGACGUUUUGGUCGCCGACGGAGGAUGGGAAGGGGUUGAGGAGGAGUGGGCGCAUAAGGGACACAGAGGAGGGACUGUCGGAGAUGCCGCAUGUCAUUUUGAAUCAGGCACGCCUGCACGAUUUGUGGCUGGAUGCUAUGAAGUGGAGUCCGACGCGGUUGGAGCCCAGCUAUAGCCGGCGGAUGGUGGAUUUGCGGAUACCGCAGGAGGAGAGUGCGAGCGUGGAGGUGGGCGUUGAGAGGUUGGAUCCUGAGCAUCAAGGCCAGAUCGAGAGGGUGCGCGCCAGAUACGUGGUGGGUUGCGAUGGGGCACGCAGUGGUGUGCGGCGAGCACUUGGCCUGGAGAUGAAGGGCGACUUUGCCAACCAGGCAUGGGGUGUGCUCGAUGCGCUCGUCGUCACCGAUUUCCCCGACAUCCGGCUCAAGACGGCCAUUCAUUCUCACAACGAAGGCAGCAUCUUGAUCAUACCGCGAGAAGGCGGGUAUCUCGUACGCCUCUACAUUGAGCUUGACAAGCUGCAGCCGGAUGAGCGGAUCGCGACCCGCAAGAUCACGUCCGAGGACAUCAUCGACAAGGCACAACGCAUUUUCCAGCCUUACACGCUAGACGUGCGACACAUUGCCUAUUGGUCCGUCUACGAUGUUGGCCAGCGCCUGACCGAUCACUUCGACGACGUUCCCAAAACCGAGCGCGAUCAGCGGAAUCCACGAGUCCUCAUCACAGGCGACGCUUGUCACACGCACUCCGCCAAAGCCGGACAAGGCAUGAACGUGUCGAUGAACGACUCUUACAACCUCGGAUGGAAACUUGCAAGUGUCUUGCGCGGCCUCGCAGAUCCCAAACUCCUCCACACCUUCUCGGAAGAACGACACGACAUUGCCAAAGUGCUCAUCGACUUCGACCGGGAAAUCUCGCGAAUGUUCGCCGCGAAGCCCAAAAGUGAUGCUAACGACAAAGACGGCAUCGAUCCUGCGGUUUUUCAGGAGUACUUCACUCGGCAGGGUCGCUUUAUGGCCGGCGUUGAGACGCGGUAUCGACCUGGUCUGCUCACGAGUGCGGACACGUCGCACCAGCAUCUGGCCACGGGCUUCCAAAUUGGCACUCGAUUCCAUUCCUGUAAGGUGCUACGACUUUCGGACGCCAAACCCAUCCAUUUAGGCCACGAGAUGAAGGCGGAUGGCCGAUGGCGUAUGGUGCUCUUUGGCGACAACAUGCACGACCCCACCGAUCACUCCUCGCCCUUGUUCGAAGUCUGCACAUCCUUCUUCACUCGGCUGCUACCCAAGUACACGCCGACGGACCAAGACAUCGACAGCGUGAUUGACGUGCGAGCCGUGCUGCAACAAUCACGAACAUCCAUCAACAUCACCGACCUGCCAGAAGUACUUCUUCCCCACAAGGGCAAAUUCGGCCUGCAGGACUACGAAAAGGUGUUUACGGAUGAGGAGAGCUACAAUUUCGGCUUUGGCGACAUCUACAAGAAGCGAGGGGUGGACAGGGAGAAGGGGUGUAUUGUUGUCGUUCGCCCGGAUCAGUACAUCAGUGCCGUCUUUCCAUUAUCGGAGCAGGGCUGCGAAAUGACGGAGGGGUUCUUCAAUGGGUUUAUGAAGGUGCAGACGCGAUCUGAUGACGUGAACGGACAUGUAUGA